UGUGUCAUAAGAAUAUUAACAUUUCUGCUUUUGCACAGCUUAGGCUUUCUGGCCCCAAUAACACACCAAUGGUGAGCAAGCUCUUGCAACUGGAGCUCAAUGGCAAACCUCUUGGAAAUUAUACCACCGAUGAGAACGGGGAAGCUACAUUUUCCAUUGACACCGCAGAGAUAUUCGAUCCACAGCUCAGCAUGAAAGCCGUAUAUGUCCGACCUAAGAGCUGCCAUCAUUCCGGCAUGUUGGCCUCUUCAACUUUGGAUGCCUACUUCUCAGUCUCACGCUUUUACUCCGAAUCCAGCAGCUUCCUGAAGAUCAUUUCCGAGCCAAAGCAGCUUCCGUGUAAUCAAGAGAAGUUGAUUUCAGUACUUUACUCCCUAAACCCUGAGGCCUACAAGGAUGGCUCAGACGUGACGUUCUUCUAUUUGGUGAUGGUGAGAAGAAGCAUCUUCCUCAGCGGACAGCACGAAGUCACAAUCCAAGCCUGGAACGGAAACUUCUCUUUCCCACUCCACAUCAGUGCUGAUCUGGCGCCAAUGGCCAACCUGUUUGUCUACACCCUCCACCCCGGUGGGGAAAUCAUUGCAGAUAAUGUCAAGCUCCAGACUGACAAGUGCUUUAAAAACAAGGUCAGCAUAGAGUUCUCAAAGGAGCAGGCAAGACCUGGCUCUACUGCCAGUCUGCAUCUUCAAGCAGCCCCCGACUCCUUCUGUGCCCUUCGAGCCGUGGACAGAAGUGUCCUUCUACUGAAACCGGAACAAGAACUGUCGCCCGACAGAAUAUACAACCUGUUCCCAAACAUCCCACAACAUGGCUAUGACUACGGUGAUCUCAACCUGGAUGAUGGUAGAGCAGAGCCAUGCAUUCCUCAGAAGGAUUUGUUCUACAAAGGACUGUAUUAUACACCUUCAAGCAAUGUUUGGGAUGGAGACGUCUCUACUCUUCUCUGGGACAUGGGUCUAAAACCCUUUACCAAUCUCCACUACCGGAAACCAGAAGUGUGUUCUACCCAGGGAAACCUGCCUCAGCUGAGACCAUUCCCUCUCCCAAGCGAACGGAUGAUGUACGGCUCCGGAGGUGGUUCCGCCUCUCGUGAUGCCAGAGACAUCAUCAACCAUGCAGAACAAGCCAUCAGAGAGACAGUAAGAACACACUUCCCCAAAACAUGGAUCUGGGACCUCAUCCGUGUAGACUCCUCAGGUUCAGCAAACGUCUCCUUCCUUGUCCCUGACACUAUAACUCAAUGGGAGGCCAGGGCCUUCUGUGUGAACGGCCAUGCUGGAUUUGGCAUUUCACCUAAAGCAUCUGUGGUGACCUACCUGCCCUUCUUCGUCGAUGCAACCUUUCCUGCCUCAGUUGUUCGAAAUGAGCAGAGCGACCUGGUUGUCACUGUCUUCAGUUACCUGACUACGUGUGUGGAGAUUUCUGUUCAGUUAGAAGCAUCUGAGCACUAUGAAGCAAGCAUCAACAGCCCGAGUGGCAAUGACAGUGAUGUCCUGGAGGCUGGAGGAUGGAAAACAUAUGUCUGGACCAUCACCCCAAAGACACUGGGUAAAGUGAAUAUUACUAUAGUGGCUACAUCCAAAUCGAGUACGGCCUGCCCAAAUGAUGCCAGUGAGCAGCAUGAUGGCAGCUGGAAAGACACGGUAGUCAAAGGCUUACUGGUAGAGCCUGAAGGUAUUGAAAAAGAAACAACCCAGAGUUUCCUUAUCUGCCCAAAAGGUAACAAAGUCUCAAAGCAAAUACUUCUGGAAUCGCCAAGCAAUGUAGUAGAAGAGUCAACCACAUCCUUUGUCACCGUUGUGGGCGACAUUCUGGGGGUGACAAUGCAGAAUCUGGACAGCCUCCUCCAAACGUCCUAUGGGUGUGUGGAGCAGAAAGUCACCCAGCUAGCGUCUGAUAUUUUCAUACUCGACUACCUGACAGCUACUGAUCAGCUGACAGAAGACAUCAAAUCCAAGGCUCUGCUUCUCUUAUCUAAUGGUUACCAGAGCCUGUUGUCUUUCAGAAACUCUGAUGGGUCAUAUGACAUGUUCUGCCAGAGAAACCAGAAAGGAAGCAUAAGGCUCAGUGCCCUUACUUUCAUGACACUUGAGAAAAUGAAGGAAUAUAUUUUCAUUGAUGAGGCAGUCCCCAAACAGACCUUAAUCUGGCUCUCAAGCAAACAGAGAACAAACGGAUGCUUCCGACAGGAUGACAAGCUUAACAACGGUGCUUCGGAGGGCAACAAGGAGGCGGAGACUGUGCUCACUGCCCAGGUUGUCGGAGCGUUCCUUGAAGCUGGACUCGAUUCACGUUUUCCUGCCCUCCGCAACGGUCUCUAUUGCCUGGAGGAGGCAUUGUCAAAUGGCGUCACCAGUGUCUACACUCAGGCUGUUCUGGCUUACGUGUUUGCGUUAGCUGGGAAAGAACAGCAAGUGAAUUCCUUACUCCAAAUCCUGGAUCAAGCCGCUAUCAAAAAGAAUAAUAUGAUACAUUGGGAGAGAGAAGAGAAGCCCCGAGCUGAAGACUCUCCCCCGUUGAGCCCUUGGGCGCUUUCUCCUGAGACUGAGAGGACUUGCUAUGUGCUCUUGGCUGUCAUUUCCCAGGCCACGCAGGACCUUGACUACGCCAGUAAGAUCAUGCAGCGGCUUGCCCAGCAGAUGAACUCCCACGGAGGCUUCUCUGCCAUGCAGGACAGCACAGUGUGCCUUCUCGCCCUAACCCAAUACAUGAAGUUAACUGGCUCCAAACCUCAAAACACCAUCACCUUGAGCACGGAAGGCUCUGAGGAGGUGUUCCACGUUGACAAUGAUAACCGCCUUCUGGUCCAGCGCUCAAAAUUAUCCAAAGGGCAUGGACCAUAUAAGAUCGACGUAGAUGGAGAAGGCUGCACGUUUAUCCAGGCAACCCUCAGGUACAACGUGCCGCUCCCUAAGAAGACAUCUGGAUUUUCCCUUGCCCUGAAACUGGAAAAGAGCAACUCUCCAGAUGGAUUCCAGACUGAGUAUAUCCUCACAGUGACCCUCAUGUACACAGGAGCUCACGAAAAGUCCGAUAUGGUCCUUGUGGAUGUGAAAAUGCUCUCUGGGUUUACUCCCGUCCUCUCAUCGAUCGACGAGCUUAAACACAAUGGCCAAGUAACGAAGACGGACAUAAAGAGCGGCCACGUUCUUUUGUACUUGAACCAUGUUUUCAGGAAAGAAAACAUCUUCACCUUCUCUGUAGAACAAACCAACGUUGUGUCUAACACCCAGCCAGCCCCGGUCAUCGUCUACAGUUAUUAUGAAAACGAUGAAUAUGCGGUUGAUUCUUACAACAUUCCGGGUUCCCAAUAAGACAAACAAGAGCACAAGUAGGAGACUGUUUCUUUGAAUAAACUAUUUUGAUCACCAUCCUAGCAGAGAGCCACUGCCAACCACCUCGCAUCCUGAAGAGACUUGGAUUACAAUGGCUUCUUGUCAGCUGAACUUCUUUUCCUCUCAUUAAAUGGCAUUAUUUCAAAUCUGG